AUGAACGCGGUGCUGCUCAUGUUCUUCUGUCUGGGCAAUAUUCUCGGCCCACUGACGUUUCGCACGCAGGACGAACCUGACUACAUACCAGCGAAGAUUGCCCUGGUUGCGACCAUUUCAGUGGCGAUUGUAUCAACGCUUGUCUUGCGAGGAUAUUAUAGCUGGGAAAACGGGCGGAGGGAGAAGCGAAGCACUUUAGACGCACAGGGAUUGAAUUCGGAAUUCCUGGACCUGACUGAUAGGGAAAAUGAACAUUUCCGGUAUAAAUUAUAA